AUGGUUGUCUGGAACGCCAGUGUCCCUAACUGUCUUAGAGGUACAAAUAAUAAUCACUUUACAUAAUAAUAAUAUAUUGCCUAUUAAUUGUUGUAGAGGUAACAAGCAGUUAUUUGAUAUUAAGUAUAUAUUUUGUGCUCUUCGACCUCUUGGUAAUUUUGGCUUUUGUCGCAUGAAAUUGCAUAUUCCCCCUUCUGGUCAUGGACCCAGAUUGAUCUUAGUCCGAUUGUGUGGCUUCACAUCUCAGCUGGAAGAGCAUGGUGACGGCAUCGCAGUUUUCCUGUGUUAUUACCCGAAUGAAGCUUUUACAGUUUGCAGGUUUUUUGUCUUAUGGCAUCAGCUGGGAUUUUAAAGAUGGAGGUUAAUUUUAUCCAAAUCUAUAUCUAUUAUCCAGAAUGCCCAGUUCUUACCUCAUCGAUAUCGCAUGGUUUUUUUAGUAGUAGCGGUUUUGUUAGCAAUCUCAUGAUCUUUCUAACCUUGUUCUAAAUGACCUAAGAGUUGCCUUAAACACUUGCAGAAUGCCUAAGGCUCCCUUCUUCAAUUUCAAACUGCGAAGUCGGUGGUUCGGGUCACUUGCAUGGAUCACAUCACAGGUUUAGUUGUCGCCCUGGUUACUCUCUCGUAGGCCGAGCCAUUUUAUACUGUACCAAUGAGGGAAAGUGGAGUACCAGUGUUCCCAUAUGUCUGAGAGGUAAACAUAUCUAUCACAAAUUAAACUGGAUAAAUGGUGUGUGGUUACAACACCUAUUGCAAGAAUCGUUGACCAAGUUUUGUGAUGCAUUCUCCGAACCGCAAAACACGUGUUUUGUUGGGUUGAGUUCUGGUGUUAUGACAACAGCUAACACUAACGCUAUUUUCGGUUGUAGAGAUGCAGGUUGAGAUAUUUUAAAAAUUAUCCCCUUAGUUAGGCUUGUGCUAAAAUCCUUUAUGGAUGCAAUUUAUCAGAGCUACGUCAAGUUACAUGGAGUCAUCUUUUACGUAGAGAACUAAACCUUCAGCUAUUAAGAUGAUUUAAAAUCAUGUUUCAUAAGACAGAAUAAACACAAACAUCUCAAUCACAAAUCAAGAAGGAGCAAGGAUAGAGCGGACUGCAAAUAUCAACUUCAAGAAUUUAGAUCACCAUGGUCUAACGAGUUCCUUUGAAGGAAUGACUUUCCACAUUAUUUUCUCUUUCUUCAGAAUGUCCUCAUUUUCCAUCAUUCAUACCAAAUGGAUUUGUUGGUGGGAGUGGGUCGGUGGAGGGAUCUCAGUGCAGGUUCAGUUAUAAGGAAGGGUACUCUCUUGUGGGGGCAAAUACACUUCAAAAUACUGAUCAGGGAAACUGGAAUGGCUCCGUUCCCACGUAUCUCAAAGGUAUGGACACAUGAGAGUUCGAUUAUUUUAAAUUCCGCCUAUGCAGCACUUUCUGUUAACUACAUGGUAAUCUGCUUUACCAUGUCAAUUUCAUUCUUUUUUUAAUCAUACUUUGAUCUGUUUUGUUUUCUCCCUGCAUAUUACCGUGAAUAUAAUCUUCAUAUAUCUGUUCUCACAGAAUGUCCAAAGCUUCCCCUUUCCAUACUACAUGGGUGCGUUAAUGGUACGAGCUCAGUACAAGGAUUCGAGUACAGUUUUAGCUGCAAUCAAGAAUAUUCACUAUUUGGUGAACGGAGAUUAAAAAAUUUACGGCAGAAGGAAAAUGGAACGCCAGCCUUCCCAGUUAUAUUAAAGGUAUAUCUAAUUAUCUAAUUAUCUAAAGCAGACGGCAUCACUGCUCUAUUACUGUUAAAUUUACUUACCUACACAUGAGUUUAUACGCGUACCGAAGAACAUCAAUACAUCAGAGAGCUGUACACUAACACAGCUAUAUAUUCUUUUUUUAAGAUUGUUCUCAAAUGAACCGCACUCUAGAACACGGGCGUAUUGAUGGUAAUGGAUCCACAUCAGGUGCAGUGUAUAGCUUUCUUUGCGAUGAAGGAUAUAUGCAGCAUAGAUGGAGAAACCUCGUUCUGCUAAUGGAAUGGCAGCAUUCCUGUAUGUUUAAAGGGUAGGUUAAACUCUCAGUUUACUGCUUGAUUACCUUUUGCAACGGCCGAUCUGUUAUGCAUCAAUAUUUUGUUAUCAUCCAUCUAAUCUCACCGUCUAAUCGAGUUGUGUCGUACAAAAACUGAGCAAUUCGUAGUAGCAGAAGUAGUAGCGGAGGAAAUAGUGGCAUUAACAGUUAACAGUUCUUUUGGUAUCGUUGGUGGUGUAUGUUUUGCCGGUUGUGAAAGCGGUGUCCCCGUAAUACUCUUGAUAGUAGGAGGGUAGGUAGCGAUAUUAAAGUUCUCUGUGUUCGCAGCAUUGGUGGUAGUGAUGAUUAUUGCUUGACUGCGGUGGCAGUGGCGAUAUUGGCAACGAUGGCGGUGGUGUAGUGUUGAUAGUUUUGAUGCCAAUUGAGAUCAUUUUAAUGUGAGUGGAUGGUAGGAGCUGCGUUAUCUUCUUGCGAGUGCGUGAACUAAUAGCAGUGGUGGCAAUGGUUCAAACGCAAAUAAAAAUACCUCUGAAAGUCUCUCAUAUGUACUUGCCUCUCAUUGAACAACUUUCAAUUUACCCCAGCUCGUACAGAUAAAGAGGAAAAGGAUACAAACGACUGGUACCUUUACGUCGUGAUUGGUGCUGCAAUCCUAAUUUUGAUAAUCGCAAUUGGCCUGUUGGUAAUUUGUUGUCGACGGAGGUCAGGUCAAAAUGUUACAGCAACCACGAAGAGUGACGAAGAGGCAGAACCAGAAGUUGUGAUGAGACCAAAAGUACCUGUGGAUAGUAAAGACGAAUGUACCACUGCUCUACAAAACGAUUUCUCUAAAGAUCCUGUGGGUGUGAUGUAA